ACAAUUAAAAUCCGGCACACACACAUACACACACACACAGACGUGUUUGCGUUAAACGAAAAUGGCCACCCUCCUGCGCAAAAUCGGCUUCAGCCGCCUGCGUCCGCCCGUCGUGACGCGCAGCCCGAAGGUGUCCAGGAAGGGCAUGGUCAGCGUGGACGUGUUGAGGGCGAACAGCAUCAGCAGCAGCAGCACCGGCGGAGCACAGCGGCAUCAGCAGCAGCAACAGCAUCAUCAGCAGCAUCAACAGCAGCAGCAUCUCGCGGGCGUUCUCAACGAUUCCGGUACCAAGGACAGCGCCUCGGACACCAAGAAACAGCAACAGCAGCAGCAGCAAAAUCAUCAUCAUCAGCAGCAUCAUCAGCAGCAGCAGCAUCAUCAUCAGCACCAUCAGCAGCACCAUCAUCAGCAGCAGCAUCCGCGCGCGGCAGCAUCAGCAUCAUCAGCCGCGAGCUCCAGCCACUGCCGCCAGGUGCGCGCCCGCCGCCUCAUGAAGGAGCUGUCCGAGCUGAGCCGCCUCGGCCACGAGGUGCUCAGCGUGGAGCUCGUGGGCGAGAGCCUCUUCGAGUGGAACGUCACCCUGCGGCAGAUCGACCUCGAGUCGGCCCUGUGGCAGGACUUGCGCGAGGCGGGCGCCGACGGCGUCCUCCUCAACCUGACCUUCCCCGAGAGCUUCCCCUUCUCGCCGCCCUUCAUGCGCGUGCUCAGCCCGCGCAUCGACAACGGCUUCGUGCUCGACGGCGGCGCCAUCUGCAUGGAGCUGCUCACGCCCAAGGGCUGGUCCAGCGCCUACACCGUGGAGGCGCUCGUAAGGCAGUUCGCCGCCAGCCUCGUGAAGGGGCAGGGGCGAAUCAGCCGCAAGAAGAAGGCGUUCACGAGAAAGGAGGCGCAUGCGACGUUCCGUAGCCUCGUGAAGACCCACGAGAAAUACGGAUGGGUCACUCCGCCGUCCUCCGACGGAUAGAAGUCGCCUUGACCUCUUGACCUCGCCUCUCGUGGUGUCCAUCGUUGAGUUGGCUCUGGCUCCCCACCACACCACCACCACCAACCCACCCACCCUCACUUGCUAUCGGUCAUUAACGAAGCCGCCGCCGCGACACCCUUCGGCGUGGUGAGUGUUGUUGGGACCGUGAGUGAAUAGAAUUA